AUGGCGUCUCCUUCCCCCAAGCACUCUAACAUCGACUUGGACGCUGGAGAUGAGAUUGAUCUCGACCUCGACACGACGUCCGCACUGGGCACGGCCACAAGUCCCACCAGCACAGGGCUGAACGGCCUGGGCCUAAAGAUCACCCCGAAGCCCCGCACCGGUAGCGUGACCUUGAGCACCUCACCGUCGGCGUCGUCGAGCGUGAACAAGGUGCGCGCAGCAGCUGCCAUGUGGGAGCACAAGGACCCCAAGCCGACCUCCAAGCCCAACACGACGACCCCAGCCUGGAGCUCGGCAGCUCGUAAGACCUCGCGUUCUGGUUCGACGUCGACUUCGAGCCCGCGCAGUACGGCGUCAAGCCGCGUCCCCGUCCCUGGCUCGUCCAGCACCGCCAGCGCCGCCGCCUCAGGCUCGCCUCACGCAGUCUCGCCUCGCCUGCCCCUCACACCCAAGCUCACGUCGCCGACGCUGUCGUCCCCGCGCACGCCGCCCAGUGCGUACAAGACCCUCGAGAACAAGCGCAACACAGGCGGCGGCAGCAGCGGCGGUAUCAAGCCGCUUAAACUGACUGGUCGCUCCGCAUCAACCAACUCAAUCUCGUCGAUCACCUCGUCCAGGUCGGCCACCUCUCCUAGGCCUCCUGCGGCUGACGAGAUCCCCAGCGUUGCCGAAGAGGAGACUAUGACCGAGGACGUACCCUUGGAUGACGAGGUGCCUACUGCUAUUGUCGACGAGGUUGCCCUUGUGGAAUCAACUCCAGCCCCAGUGGAGGUCUCGCCCAAGGCCUCAAUCAAGUCGUUCAUGUCGUCACCAAAGGUCGCCACUUCGAUCCGUGACUCGCCCAAAUUUUCUUCUCCAACUAUCUCGUCACCCGAGAUUGCGCACUCGCCUGUGCCCGAGAUUGCGCACUCGCAUGUGCUCGAUGAGUCUCCAAAGUUCCAGUCGCUCACGCUGGAGGAGUCGUCCAAAGAGUCGCCCAAGCACGAUGACGUCAAUCUCGCGUCGCCCGAGCAGAAUGAUAUCAAGCUCGCGUCCCCCGAGUACCAGGAUGUCAAGCUGGCAUCGCCCGAGCAGAAUGAUAUCAAGCUCGCGUCCCCCGAGCAGAAUGAUAUCAAGCUCGCGUCCCCCGAGCACCAGGAUGUCAAGCUUGCUUCCCCCGAGCACCAGGAUGUCGAGCUCGCGUCCCCCGAGUACCAGGAUGUCAAGCUCGCGUCCCCUGAGCUCCCCAGUCUACCUGCCCUGGCCGUGUCGCCAAAGCUGGCUCCUCUGUCCCCCGAGUCGAACUUUGAGCCGACUCCUCUCCCCAGCGCACAGCCAACGCCCGAGGUCCACAAUGUCAACCUGUCACCAGAGGUUCAGCGCCUUGGCCUCGCCUCCCCCGACGCUCAGCGUGGUGGCCUGACCCCCGACUUUGGCCGUUCCGGCAACAUGUCAGACCUUUCCCCCGCAUCUGUGUAUGAGGAUUUCUCCCCAUCGUCUGGCAAGGUCGACCUUCUCCCAGCCGCCGAGACGAUUGCCGUGUCACCUGUCUUCACAUCUGGCGGCGGUGGCCUCGAGCUGGACACACAUCUCGCCCCCGAGAACGACGACGAUGGGUCCCACUACGAACAAGAGGAGGAAGAGGACCAAGUCCUGUCGGAUGUGGAACUGUCUCCGCCCCCUAAGACCCCGUCCAAGCCCUCGUUUAACCAGUCGACACCCGACACUCCCGAGCGUGUGAUCGUCUCGCCUGCUGCUGAGACUCCUCGUGCAUUUGACCCUGCAACGACCAUCACACCGGCUUCCCCUAUGAAUCCCGAGGACCUGCGCGACGCGAACAAUGGCCAUGACCUUCCUCUGCUGCCCGCAACCCCUGUGGGCCAGACCCUUACGAUCAACGAGUUUGAAGAGGUCAAGCUGUCGCCCGCCAAGCAGGAGGAGCCCACUCCUUCGUCUACACCACAGCGCUCGCUUCCCUCGAUCUUCUCCCGCGUGCUCGACUACAACAGCACUCCUCCCCCUGCUCCACCCAAGGACAAGGAGGUGGCUGCUGACAAGGAUGCCAGCCCCACCCUAGCCAAGGAGGACAAGCAGGCACGCACUUCGAGCACCGCUAGCAAGGACUCGAAGGAGUCACUUUCCACCAGCCGCAGCCGCUUCUUUACCUCGGCAACAUCCGCGUUUGGGGGCUUCAACCUUCCCUCCGUGUCUCUGCCGUCUAUGCCGGCCAUGCCGUCCGUCAGUCGUGGUGUGAGCGUGAGCUCUAACAGCGACAUCACGCCUCCCUCGGAACCUGUUGUCCCAUCACCUGCUGCUCUCUCGCCCGCUGCCCUACCGUCGGCGGCCACUUCUCCAGGUGGCACGUCCAACUGGCGCACGACUAUGAGCCAAUUCCUCUCCACGCGUGCUGCCAGCAUGACGGGCCCGUCGUCCGUGGCCACUCCUCCCUCGCCACUCUCGUCGGCCUUCCCUCCCCGCACAAGCAGUAUCAAGGCGCCGACCCACAUCUCCACGGCGUCGCAGACAACCGCUGCGAACCUUCUCCUGCACCGCCUCGACUCGCCCACUGCGCUCCGUGACCGUCGUCAAAGCCGCGAGGUCGGCGGCUCCGACAUGCUCCGUGAGGGCUUUGAGCGCGUGCGCGGAGAGAUGGAGGGUGCUGCGCGUGACAUUCGCCGCCAGCGUGCACGCGGGUCCGAAAUUGACAACUCGGACAUUGACUGGGUGUUCUGGGGUGCCGUCGUUCAGGACUAUGAGGAAGUGGCGCGCACUCAGCCCAAGGAGCUCUCCAAGGCGAUCCAGCAAGGUAUCCCGCCUGUCAUCCGCGGUCCUAUCUGGCAGCUCAUGAGCUCGAGCAAAAGCAGCAACCUCGAAGAGACGUACAAGGCGCUUCUCAAGCUCAACUCUCCGCACGAAAAGGCCAUCCACAAGGACAUUACUCGAACCUUCCCCACGCACAAGUUCUUCCAGAACACUGGCGCUGGCCAGGACGGUCUCUUCAUGGUCGUCAAGGCAUACUCACUCUACGACCGUGAGGUUGGUUACACCCAGGGCAUUGCGUUCAUCGUCGCUGCCUUGCUGCUGAACAUGCCCGACGAGGAGGCGUUCUGCGUUCUUGUGCGUCUCAUGGACUCGUACAACCUCCGUUCGCACUACCUGGCCGACAUGCCCGGUCUCCAACUCCGUCUGUACCAGUUUGACCGCCUGCUCGAGGACGUCCUCCCGCUCCUCAGCAACCACCUCGUCCGCAAGGGUGUCAAGAGCUCAAUGUUCGCUUCGCAGUGGUUCAUGACGUUGUUCUCGUACCGGUUCCCGCUGUCGCUCGUGUACCGUGUGCUCGACAUUGUGCUCGCCGAGGGCAUCGAGGCCAUCUUCCGCUUCUCUCUUGCGCUCCUUCGCAAGUCCGAGGACGAGCUCCUCAAGCUUGAGUUUGAGGACAUUAUCGCGUACCUCCAGGGCGACAUGUUUGAGGUGUACCGCGCCGAUCCCGGAGAGGGUGAUGCGCAAGAAGGCAGCCGCGAGGGCGAGGAAGAAUGGCGUACCAACGACUUCGUCCGCGACGCUUACGAGGUCCACAUCACCCCUCUGAUGCUCGACCAGUACGAGUCUGAGUGGGAGGAGAAGUGUCGCGCUGAGAUGGCGCACGCUCGCGAGAUUGACCAGCUGCGCACGGCCAACCGUCACCUCAGCGCCCAGAUCAAGACCCUCGAGAGCUCCCUUGCGACCAUGAAUACGGAGCACGUCGAGCUUGUGCGUCAGCUCGUCAUGGCCAAGAUUGCCAAGGAGGACAUGGAGACCGAGCUCGUCAAAUACAAGUCGCUCUGUGCUUCCCUCUCGCAGGCGGUCCCCACCGACGUUGACGGCGCGCUGGCAUCCAACCCUUCGGGCCUGAGCCUGGCAUCGGUCCGCAGCGCUGCCGCUUCCAUGGCGUCCUCUUCGCCAUCGCUCAGCAACGGCGACCACCUCGGUGACCACUUUACCUCGCCCCCACCGGCGCGCAACAGCGCUACAUCGUCCCGGUCCAUCAGCCCCGGUGCCGGUCAAUGA